AUGGGCCCAAAUACCAUAAGUUUGAACUCUGUCAAAGCUCUAAAAUCCUCAAUAUGCGUUACCGCUAAAAGAUCCUACGCAUUAUCGUCUUUUCGUGGUGGAUCAUCAUCAUCGACUAAAGCAUCCUUUGUCAAAAAAUCACCAGUAAAGGGACCUGCUCUUUUUAAAACGAUGACAAAACCUACAGGUGUUUCCAACUCUAAUACCAAUUCUGCUCCUUUAUCUACAUCGACAACAACAAAUAUAACUUCUAUAUCUCAAUCUCAAUCGUCAGAAACUCAUCCCCAACCUCCCGCUAGGGCAUCAUCGCCUGGAACUGCCGCUCCAAAAUUCAGCACCAAGACUUUCAAUGAUGUUUUCAACCAUACUUUGAACGACACUCCACCAUUUACUCCACCUUCUAGUGGUGGGCUUUUGAAUACCGAGGGGGAAUCGCUACAUCAUCACCCGCAAAUAGACUGGACCAGCUCGUUCCAUGGUAUUGGGACCACCCAGCUCUCGCAACGACAAAUCGAUAUUCUUCUUCAACCACUUGAUCCAGAAGAUAUUGAAAUGAAACCCGAUGGACUCAUUUAUCUUCCAGAGAUAAAGUAUCGUCGGAUCCUCAAUAAGUCAUUAGGUCCGGGGGCGUGGGGGUUGAUUCCUCGUUCGGAUACCGUGAUCACCCCGAAAUUGAUCACGAGAGAGUACGGGUUGGUGGUAAUGGGACGGCUUAUCAGUGUUGCUCGAGGGGAACAGGACUAUUUCAAUCAAGAAGGAAUUCCUACGGCUACUGAGGGUUGUAAAAGUAAUGCGUUGAUGAGAUGCUGUAAAGAUUUGGGGAUUGGGUCAGAAUUGUGGGACCCGCGGUUCAUUAGAAAGUUCAAGAAUCAGUAUUGCGAGGAAAAAUUCGUCACCCACGUUGUCACUGGGAAGAAGAAGAGGAUAUGGAAACGUAAGGACGAUUCUAUUGGGUAUCCUUACAAAUUGUGA